AUGUCAAACAUAUUGGAAGAAACCCAAAUUCAUUUGAAUGGAAAUGCAGUGUUGAUUAAAGGAAAUGACAGCACAGUUGGUCUGUACAAGGUUCUUUUUGAAGUAAAUGUUAAUUCCACUAUUGAUACGGUACUAAACCAAUUGGAUGGUGAUGAUAUACUGGAAAAAUUGAAGUGUUCAAACUCCAAAUGGAGUAUUGAAAAUAUCUACGAAUAUGUACUUUUAACAACACCCAUUCCAGAGGUAUCAAUAGGCGCAUCUGUAAUUCUACCUGAUUUCAUCAAGAAUAUCAAGAGUAUUGUUUCAUUCCAUAUUCUUGAUAUGAAGCCAUUCGAUCCCAUCAGAGCUUUUUUGGACUUUCCAGAAGAUGAUGAUAUGUCUACUGAAUCGAAUUGUUUACCGCAGAAAGAUAUAGGAUCACUUUUACACUGUUACCAUACUCCAGCUUUAGCGAAUAAACUACAGCCAGCAGAAGUGGCAGCCAUUCCUGACAUGAGCUAUCUGUUCAACAUUACUGAUACUACUCCAGACCCAAUAUUCCAUUUUCAACUUUCUCCUUCACUUGCGUUGAAUGAAUUGGGCACAGAAAAUGAUACUGCAAAUCCACUAGUUGUGGCUCAGCAUUCUGCUGCACAUGUUGCAUGCGGCCCGGUUACUCCCCCAGCCUCUGACAUAGGCUGCAAAUCUCCACAUGAGCCGAAUUCGCUCACUCAUUCUUACCAGCAACUCUCUGACCGUUUAAACAAUACUACUGGCACAUUCGAUGAGUUUUCCUUGAACCAACAUAAAUCAUUUGGGGCAAAUAUACCCUCGAAGCCAGACAUUUCAAAUAUUGCACAAAAUUGCACACACCCGCUUGCUUCUGCUACAAACAAAAAUACAGAUUUGUCUUCACCUGCUCUUCCUCUGCAAAUCCUCUCGUCGCUAAUAUGGUCUGCAGCUGAAAAUAAUUCUGCAAAACUCGUAUCAACUGAAUUAUUCCAGAAUGAUCAGGCUUCGCAAAAGAAACCCACAUCUUGCAAUACAAAUAUUUCAUCAGCAACAGGAUUCGGAGUAUCUAGAUUGUUACCACCACAGUUUCCUACAACUUCAGUGACACCGCCAAUUAUGGACAAACGGCAAGAAAGACUGAUGAAGAAUCGACACGCUGCUGAUUUGUCUAGAAAACGCAAGCGUCAACAGGCCCAUAAAAUGGAGUCGUCGCUUGAAGAACUACAAACCCAAAACUUGCAUUUGACUACUCGCGUUUCUCAACUGGAGCAAUUAAAUAAAGCGCUGACAGAGGAUAAUCUACGAUUAAGUCGUCAACUUCAAAUGUAUGGCACUUCUUCCUUUUCAUCCAGCCAUGCACGCAUUCGCACACACAGUGAGGAUAGCAGUGCCAGCAAUAUCAACUUGAACAAAAACUCUUUUGACCAUCAAUCGCCGCAUUCCUCCAUCAGGCUUUCGCCAUUUCCAUUGAGUUUGACCAGUGACUCUUAUGAGGAUCUUUGGUUUAAUCAGGAUCUGGAUCACACCCACUCUCCUUCAAUGCCGUAUUCUGAUCCAAUUAUGGGUGCUAAUACUAGCAUUAUUACUGGAAAAUCACUUGGUGCCGUUUUCAUGGUCGUUAUGUUUUCCUUUGCAAGUGUGUUUAUGCCCGGCUCUCUUAUUUCAAAUACCAGGAUUCACGCAAGACCGCAGUAUUCCACUGCACCUCAAAAUUUUAUUACAUAUGUUCCUAGCAUACAUAAUGAUGCACAUACUUACCGAUCGCAGUCAUUUCUUACCUUGUCUCCUGCUUAUCGACCCCUGAUUGAUCCUUAUUCUUUUCAAUCUAAUCCAAGUACCAUGUCUAACGAGCCUAUUUCUGAUUACACCCCUAGCACAUAUCUAUCCAACUAUUAUUUGGAUUUAAAUUCUGACUCUGUGAAAUCUGCUGUUUCACAUCUUGCUGAUGUUCAAUUACCAAAAUCAAAAACAAAAACACACUUUCCGAAAAAUGAUGCUUUAAAUACGAUUGCACUUUCUCUUGCACGACCCGAGUUUAUUGCUUCACUAUCCUCCAUGGCUACAAUGAAUCCCCCAAAUGCAGCUGGAGUUUUUCAGCGUCUUUUUCUUGAAAAUCCAUUUUGUAAAGACUCGAAAAAUGUAGGUAAUGCUAGUCUAAUGUUCACAGAUGAACAAGAGCAGUCCAAUCAGAUGGAUCAAAAACGUCUCAAUCAACACGAUCCCACUUUGUCGACUCCUGUUGAUCCAUAUCCUACCUUUUCCUCAACUGCUAACAUGACGCUAGCAUGGAGUGCUCUAUUUGAAUCUGAGCAGUACCGCACAAUUUUACAACACAUGGCUGGAUCUUCUUUACAGCAUUCCAGAAAUUCAUCCGAUACUUUUGCAUAUGAUUCGAUCAAGCUUGUGCCAUAUCAAUCAUCUUUUCCAAUGUGCAGCAACUUGAACGGGGGCAUAUGUCGUGUGACAGACGAAUUGCGCUUUACCAUUCUUGCCGAUGUAUCUACCACACAGCAUGUAAAAGGCAAUAAAAAGGAACAUGAUCUGGGCGGGCUAUUGCAGUUGGAUGUAGAAGUAGUGUCUGCCAAAUGGGUUGAGCCACAUCUUUUAAAAAUCAAUAAAAUAUGA